AAUUGGGAAGAAAAUUAGAAAGUUUAUGGAUCGUGACCGAUAGAUGGCGUUGUUUUUAAUUGAUGUCUUUAAAAAAGUCAGACGAUUGAAGGAUGUUGAUGUGUAUGGUCGCGUUUGUACCAAUUCUUUUAUUACUGAACGGCAUAGACACGACUUUAUUGGAGCCGGCGAAGCAAUGUGUGCCCACUACGUCAGUUCGAGGUCCGUGUCACCUCUGCGUUUGUUCCUCUGAGGGAAUCUUCCACUGUCGUCCCAAGGAGUGCGAAGAGGAUGACGCACAGAGCAACGAAGCUACAGAAGACUGCCAACCCAACAAUUUAUAUCGAAUCAACAACAGAUUCUGCACCUGUAGCAACGACGGCUACUGGGAAUCCGAGAACUGCGAAGAGGAGUUCCACUAUCUCCACCCAAAAAAGGGCAUUAACAACUAUUACUUAAGAACCAGUGUCGCGUGCACACCCAACGAAUACUUCCUCAUAGAUUGCAACCUAUGUCGAUGUUCCCCCAAAGGCAUCAUCGAUGUAACUUUAUGCACUAAUAGGUACUGUGGCCAAGGACAUAAGGCUGAUAUUUGCGCGUACGGCGACGUCCUACGCACAGAAAACGAACUGUGCUCUUGUAGCGACAUCAACUACUACAUAGACCGCCUUUGCAUAAGAAUCUUAAAUGAACCGAUUCAAAUUGUACCGACUAGAGAGAUUAUGAAAUUGGAUGAUGUUGGAAAAACUAGGUCUGUUUUGAGGGUGGAUUGUAACACAGAUGCUGUUUAUGAAGUCAAUUGUAACAAAUGCCUUUGUAAGAACGGUGAUCUGGUGUGCACUGAUGCAGUUUGUGAGCAUAAGAAAGGAGCUGUGAGGGCUGAAAAGAAGAAUGAGAUAGAGAUUCUACCUGAACUGAAGAGUGUAGUUGGCGCCGUGUGUCAGCCCGGGAGGAGAUACCGUUACAAGUGUAACAUUUGUUCUUGUACUAAGGAUGGUUUCCCAUCCUGUACCACCAUGGUCUGCCUGGAAGAUUACGUGUUAGAUAUAAAAUCUCUUAGAGGACUGUUGUCUAGCAAUAGUGUAGCAAAUAAUCGCAUUUCAAUUCCGUUUCAUAAACCGAUUUUAGCCAAAGAUGUGACGAAAUCCAAGAAGUUACAAGAUAUUAAGUAUGGGAUGAAAUGUGUUCCCGGACAGACUUAUAAGAUGGACUGCAAUACAUGCCGUUGUGGAUAUCACAAUAACCUGUUAUGUACUAAGGCGAUAUGCAUCGAUCAAAAGCAGACGGAAAUAAUCAAGGAACCAGAUCCAGAACCGAUACAAACAAAGAAAAGUAGCAGCUCAUCUAAAGUCGUAGACCUAAACAGUAUUAUAGGAAAGAAAAAGAAGAUAAGAAGAAUUAUUAGAAGGGAGAAUAAGAGGUACCUAAACAUAGGCACUACAGGGUUACCUACACUGCCACUCAGUAAUAUUUGCAUGCCAGGAAGAAUUUACCAGAGUGGCUGCCGAAGAUGUUACUGCAAGGCAAAUAAGUCGGCAUCGUGUUCAAAUGAAAAUGCUUGCAAUGAAACAAAAGUGGUUCGACUAUUAAAACCAGAGGACGUUAGGCCUCCGGUGAAGGACAAAGAGUUCAGGGAUCUGCCUGAACUGCCCAACACUGCGGCUCCUUGCGCACCAGGCACCACCUAUAAAGUCGACUGUAAUGUUUGCCUUUGCGAUGAAUUCCAGAAUCUAAUGUGCGACAAAAUGCUAUGUGUUAGCUUUUCUGACGUGCAUAAAGCGGAGGCUAUGCAGAAAUCUGGACUUCCAUGCAACUCCAACGAUUUCACGGAGAAUAUGGUGUUGCAGUCUAAAUGCGUUGAGUGCACCUGUAAUGGCACCACUUUUUGCGUCGCUAAAGCAAACUGCAUCACUGAAGCUGAAACCAUGCAGCGGAGUAUCAGUGGAAGAAGGACAUUCGAUAUGAAAUCAGAAAAAUGCAUACCUGACAAAGUCUACCAUGAUGAUUGCAACAGGUGCUACUGUCAAAAAGACCGCACUUUACGUUGUACGCAGAAAAGAUGCCUCAAUUACAGAGAGGCAGUUGAAUUACAAGAGCAGCAAAAAUACUUACUUGAACAUGGACUUUAAUUCAAUAGCGAUAAAGACGACUAUAGCUUGCACUCCCGGACUUAAACAGGAGCAGCAAAAUACUUAAUUCAACAUGGACUUUAACUCAAUAGCUAUAAAGACGACUAUGGCUUGCAUUACCGGACUUACGAAUAAUGUUUUAAUUUUAAGGGUUUUCUGAAGCAAUGAAUAAAUGUAUUCGAUAA